UCCAAACAAUAUUCUGUGCUUGUCCAUCAUUAUGGAAGGGAAGUUUAGAGAUAAUCGAUACACAAACAUAACCAAAUUGGGUUUUUUUUUAUGAGAACAAACUGCCCUGAGCUUGUCAGACUUACAGCCACUGACAAUGUUACACCCACAACUCCAAAUGUCUUAACAGGAAAUCAACAGCCCUGCUCUGAUAGCAGCAGAAAACAAGGGAUAAAUAGCAUACUGAUGUGUGCAUCAAGCGUUCCCAUACAGAAAGCUGCACCAGCCGUAACAGACGAUAUAUAUGUUUGUGGAUCACGUUGUGAUGGACAUGUUUCAUCUUAGGUGCCGUAUGCCGUCUUGCUGAAGCCUGUAACUGACCGUCACCAUCUACACCACCACCCAAAUCAAGCAAAAGUCCUUCCCCAGUGCCUUGCCCACCUCCUCCAUCUCUUCCACAAUCAGAUCCACCCAAGUAGCCUGUUGAGAGUUCUGUUACUUCCCCCAUCAGCACAGCACAGGGUCUGGGGUUCAGUGGGGUGUCAGUGUUUAAGUUAACGUUUCAGCCGCACCAAGGCCUUGUCAGUUUGGCAAACAGUCAGUGAUUUAAUCAGUUAAUUAGGACACGAGGGUGUCAGUUAUCUGAUGAGCUAGCUAGCUAAGUCGGUCAGCCAUUUGAUAAAUUCGCUAGUUAGCCACUCAGAUCGACUACUUUUGUCUCUCGGUGCAUCGUCCUGUAAGUCAUAAAGAUUCACAGAUUUACAGCUAACAGGUGUCAAAUCAGCUCUCACCAUGGCCCCAAAGAAGAAGGCAGCCCGUCAGAAAAAGACAGUGGUAGAGACAGUGGGGGUCGGCAGUGCUGUAAAGGUGGUAGAGAGUGACAAGAAGAUCGAGGAGGCAGCACUGGAUAUCGAGCAGCUGAACCACCUGAACGGGCUGCCCCUCCCUCCCCCGGUGACCAACCCCGGGGAGAAGGUGCUGAGCCUGGGCCGGGGCACUGAGUUGACACGACCCUUCCACGGCUCCGCCCUGCUGGAGGAGCUGAGCCGAAUGCGCCAAGAGCGCUUCCUCACCGACCUGGAGCUCGCCAGCAAGACCAAGGCCUUCGACGUGCACAAGCUGGUCAUCUCCUCCGUCAGCCAGUACUUCCGCGAGCUGCUGGCCAAGGAGCCCGAGCUGAAGCGAGUAGAGCUGCCCUCACUGUCCCCGCUCGGCCUGGCCAACGUGAUCACCUUCGCAUACCUGGGUCGUGUCCACAUGUCGCUGUACACCAUCGGCUGCACGGUGUCCGCCGCCUCCGUCCUGCAGAUGCCGCAGCUGCUGCAGCUGUGCGAGGACUUCCUGCUCGGCGAGCUGAGCGUGCAGACGUGCGUCUACGUGUGGAACAUCGCGGCGGCCUAUGGCCUGGGGGCCGUGCGGGAUGCCGCCCGCCGCUACCUGCUGGAGAACUUCGCCCAGUUCGCUGAGACGCCCCAGUUCACGCAGCUGACCCUAGAGCAGAUCACUGCCUUCCUGGAGGAUGACGGUCUGCUGUUGCCCUCGGAGGUUACGGCCUUCCAGGUGGCAAUGAAGUGGUUGGACUUCGACCCCAAGCGGCAUCCCCACGCAGCCGAGCUGCUGUCCCAUGUGCGCUUUGAGACGAUUGCAGCCAGCGAGCUGGUCAGCCAGGUGCAGCCAGUGGCCCGCAUGAUGCAGGAUGCGCAGUGUCACCGCCUGCUGGUCGAGGCAAUGAACUACCACCUGCUGCCGCACCAGCAGAAUGUCCUGCAGUCCAAACGCACGCGUGUGCGCGGGAGCCAGAGCGUCCUGCUCACGGUGGGGGGGCGGCCAUCCCUCACCGAGCGUGCUCUGAGCCGGGAGGUGCUCUGGAGGAACCCUCGUGAGGGCGUGGCCACCUGGCGCCAUCUCUCUCAGCUCCCCGCCAAGAGCUUCAACCAGAGCGUCGCCGUCAUGGACGGCUUCCUGUACGUGGCCGGGGGCGAGGACCAGAACGACGCCCGUAACCAGGCCAAACAUGCAGUGGGCACCCUAAGCAGGUAUGAUCCACGCUUCAACACCUGGUUGCAUCUGAGCAGCAUGCGUCAACGGCGCACGCAUUUCAGCCUGGUGGCCACCGGGGGGCGCCUGUAUGCUAUUGGCGGGCGCAACACCGAGGGGCUGCUGGCAACCACGGAGAGCUACCUGCCAUCGUCUAACAGCUGGCAGCCGCGCGCGCCGCUUGACAUUCCCCGAUGCUGCCACGCCGGCACCGCACUCCCCACUGGCGAAAUCCUCAUCACCGGCGGCUACGUCAAUCGCGCGUACUCGCGCUCCGUGCUCAGCUACAGCCCCGAGACGGAUACCUGGGCGGAGUGUGAGGGGCUUUCCACGCCCCGCGGCUGGCACUGCGCGGCCACUCUAGGCGGGAAGGUGUACGUGGUGGGUGGGAGCCAGCUGGGGCCCGGGGGUGAGCGCGUCGACGUCCUGCCCAUGGAGAUAUUCUCCCCGGAGAGCAGGCAGUGGAGCCAGGCUGCACCUUUGCCCCUAGGGGUCAGCACUGCCGGCCUGGCGGCCCUCAACGAGCAGCUGUACCUGCUGGGUGGCUGGAAUGAGGCGGAGAAGCGCUACAAGGCGGCGGUGCAGCGCUACGACCCCGACACCGACAGCUGGUCCGCUGGCGAGGAGCUGCCCGAGCCCACGGUGGGCGUCUCCUGCUGUGUGCUGUCCCUGCCACCGCGCCACAAUCCGCGCAAGCAACGGCACGCGCCCGGGCCUGGACACAGCCCCGAGGAGCCGCCCGCAAAGGAAAGCGGCACAGCGGCACAGCCGACCAGCGGCUAAAUGAGAGGGAGGCAGGGUCAAGGAGCAAGAGGAGAGAGAUGGAGAUGGGGGGGGGGAUGACGGAAGGACAGGAAGUAGCAGGGUAGGCGGAAGUGAAACAGGAAGUAGAUUAAAAACACAGGAAAGGUAUCAUGCCUUAGCUGCAGGGUGUCCCAUAGGUUGUACGUCAGAAGGGCUUUUAUUAGCGAGUGGCUGAACAUCAGGGGUCUGUGUGGUGAGCCGAGCGAGAGAAACGGCGCCCCCUAACAUUAGUGUGUGUAACUGCAGGUGAAUGUUAUCUGGGUUACUUAGUGUAACGGAGAUGCUUCAGCAAAAAAAAAUAAAAUAAGAUUAGAUCAAAAGGAAGCACUUUACAUGUGCAAGGAGAGAAACGUAUAAAGGUUACAAGAAAAAGAGAAAAAAAACAAACGAAGUCGGAAUUGAAACCCCAGACAGGUAGCUCGACCAUCAGGCCGCCAACUGCACCUUCCAACAGGAAGCUCAGUUAACAGCAUACUUUUAAUUUACCUUUUAAACUGUUCAUGAAACCCACAGAACAGACCAGAAUAUGAGUCACCUACUGAAAUUUGACUCCAGAUUAAUGGUUCCGUGGGCUACGGUGGGUCCAAUGCUACCUCUAUCCUAGGAAAAUGAGCCAGUCCAUUAGUGUUGUGGGGGUCUUGUCCACUUACUGAAGCCCGAUCCAUCCUGGGAUACGAGGGGGGAGGGGAAAGCUGAACUUGCUCAAAAACUAUUUUGGCCUAUUUUCAAUGUAACUUCCAUUUCACUUACAAUGCGGACAUUUGUUAGACAAAAGUAUCCUGGGGAUAAAAUGCAAGCCUCAUGUUUGCGUGUCUCAAAGCCGCCCUGUCCGAGGUAUUUACAAAAUAAAAGCAUAUCCCUAAAUGCUCCAGCUUAA